UGCACUGCUGGCCCUCUGUACUCCACAGGCAUUUCCAAAGCCAGAGGACAGGCUGUCAUCUGUAGAUACCCCAGAGCAGGCAGCCAUGAUUAGCCUGAAGGAAAUCUGUCGUGGCCUUCCUCUAAACCCUUUGCCUGAAAACAGAGGUCGGAGGAAAGGAAUACCCCAUGCACCUGUGAGAACCCCUAAUCUCACUGCUCAGGAGAAAAAGCUCGCUUUGCGCAAUGCCCUACGUUAUUUCCCACCUGACAUACAAAAGAAGCUGGUGCUGGAAUUUGCUGAAGAACUCAGGCUGUAUGGCCAUAUCUACAUGUACAGGUUCUUCCCAGAUAUUGAGAUGAGAGCAUACCCCAUAGAAGACUAUCCUUGCAAGACCAAAUCAGCUGCUGCCAUCAUGCUGAUGAUCAUGAAUAAUCUGGAUCCCUCGGUGGCUCAGUUUCCACAGGAGCUUGUCACUUAUGGAGGAAAUGGGCAGGUCUUCAGCAACUGGGCUCAGUUCUGGUUGGCAAUGCAAUAUUUGUCAGAGAUGACCGAAGAGCAAACAUUGGUAAUGUACAGUGGGCAUCCUCUGGGACUCUUUCCCAGCCAUCGCUAUGCUCCGCGAUUAGUCAUUACUAAUGGCAUGGUUAUUCCCAACUAUUCUAGUAGAGACGAUUAUGAGAAGCUCUUUGCUUUGGGAGUAACAAUGUAUGGUCAGAUGACUGCAGGGAGCUACUGCUACAUUGGGCCCCAGGGAAUAGUCCAUGGAACUGUGCUCACAGUGCUGAAUGCUGGUCGUCGCUAUUUGAAGGCAGAAGACCUGUCUGGAAAGGUGUUUGUUACUUCUGGUCUUGGAGGGAUGAGUGGGGCUCAAGCGAAGGCUGCAGUCAUUGCUGGGUGUGUGGGGAUUAUUGCAGAGGUUGAUGAAGCAGCGCUUAUGAAACGUUACAAGCAAGGAUGGCUCAUGGAAAUUUCUAAUGACUUGGACCACUGCAUUGCUCGCCUCAGAGAUGCAAGGAAGAAUAAAAUUGCCCUCAGUUUGGGUUACCAUGGGAAUGUGGUAGACCUGUGGGAGAGGCUUGCAUAUGAGCUGGACACAACAGGGGAGCUGCUAGCUGAUCUGGGGUCUGAUCAAACUUCAUGUCACAACCCAUUCAAUGGGGGAUACUAUCCAGUCCAGCUUGGCUUUGAGGAAGCAAAGCAGCUCCUGUCUACCAAUCCAGGGAAGUUCCGAACUCUGGUACAAGAGAGUCUGAGGAGACAUGUGGCUGCUAUUAACAGACUAACUGAUAAAGGCAUGUUUUUUUGGGAUUAUGGCAAUGCUUUUCUCUUGGAGGCUCAAAGAGCUGGUGCUGAUGUUGAGAAAAAAGGAGCCAAUAAAACAGAAUUCAGAUAUCCUUCCUAUGUUCAGCACAUCAUGGGGGACAUUUUUUCCCUGGGAUUUGGGCCAUUCCGCUGGGUUUGUACCUCAGGUGACCCACAGGACCUUGCUACCACUGACUCAAUUGCCAUGUCUGUGCUGGAGGACUCAAUUCGACAGGGAGUGAGCACAUCUGUGAAGCAGCAGUACCAUGACAACAUCCGUUGGAUUCGGGAAGCUGGGAGGCACAGCUUGGUUGUUGGAUCUCAAGCUAGAAUCUUAUAUUCCGAUCAGAGGGGUCGUGUGUCUAUAGCCACAGCUAUUAAUCGAGCGAUUGCUGAAGGAAGGAUUAAGGCUCCAGUAGUCCUCAGCCGAGAUCACCACGAUGUGAGUGGGACUGACAGUCCUUACAGAGAAACAUCAAACAUUUAUGAUGGAUCAGCCUUCUGUGCAGACAUGGCGGUACAAAAUUUUGUGGGAGAUGCAUUCAGAGGAGCAACCUGGGUUGCCUUGCACAACGGCGGUGGAGUUGGCUGGGGUGAAGUGAUCAAUGGGGGAUUUGGCCUGGUUUUGGAUGGGUCCACGGAGGCUGAAGAGCGAGCUAAGAUGAUGCUCAGCUGGGAUGUUUCCAAUGGGGUUGCAAGGCGCUGCUGGUCAGGUAAUGGCUACGCGUAUGAAACCAUCUGCCAAGCAAUGAAAGACAGUGCUGCACUGAAGGUGACUCUUCCUCAAAAAGUGGUGGAUGAGAACAUCUUAGAACAAGCCCUCAAAUGUUAGUGGUAUUCCAACUGCAAUGUUAUCCUGGUAGAAACGUAUGAUAAAAUGUGCAAAUGAUAAAAGCCUUGCAAUUGUC